GGUUUUUCUUUCUUAUAUCAGAUGGGUCCGCCCCGGCCGUUUUGUCUGCUUGCUUGGAUGCUGUUGUAGAAGUAUAGGUUCGGGUUGGUUUGCUGCUUUGUUGCCGUCGUCACGCCGCCGCCGCCGCCGCCGUUGUCGCCUUAUCUGCUGCUGUCGCUGCCAUCAUGUUGGAUGGGUUCAAGCUGUGGGUGCAUAGCGCCAAUCUGCGCGUGGCCAAGAGUGCCGUGGGCAGGUACUUUAGGCUCGAGAACAGCGGCCAUCCCAAAGAGCGCAAAGGCGCCUUCUUCUUCACCGAGAUCCGCGCCGGCCUGGCCACCUUCUUCGCCAUGGCCUACAUCAUCUCCGUGAACUCGACCGUCGUGUCGCAGACGGGCGGCACCUGCGUCUGCCCGCCCGAGGACAUGGCCGACCUCUGCGACUCAAACGUCGACUACAUGCUGUGCGUGCAGGAGAUCAACCGCGACCUCGUCACCGCCACGGCCGCCAUCUCCGCCCUCACCAGCUUCGCCAUGGGCUUGUUCGCCAACAUGCCCAUCGCCCUGGCCCCCGGCAUGGGUUUGAACGCUUACUUCGCCUACACCGUCGUCGGCUACCACGGCUCCGGCCUCGUGCCCUACCGCAUCGCCCUGACGGCCGUCUUCCUCGAGGGCUUCGUCUUCGUCGCCCUGACCCUCAUCGGCCUCCGCCAGUGGCUCGCCCGCGCCAUCCCCGCUUCCAUCAAGCUCGCCACCGGCGUCGGCAUCGGCCUGUACUUGACGCUGAUCGGCCUGGCCUACUCCGCGGGCAUUGGCCUCGUCACCGGCGCCACUGAGACGCCGCUCGAGCUGGCUGGCUGCAGCUCCGGCCUCCUCAGAGAUGACGGCACCUGUCCCAGCGCCGCCAAGAUGCGCUCGCCCACCAUGUGGAUCGGCAUUUUCUGCGGCGGCUUCCUGACUGUCUUACUGAUGAUGUACCGCGUCAAGGGCGCCAUCAUCAUGGGCAUCCUGCUCGUCUCCAUCAUCAGCUGGCCGCGCCCUACCUCCGUCACGUAUUUCCCUUACACCCAGACGGGCGACAGCUCCUUCGACUUCUUCAAAAAGGUCGUCACCUUCCACCCCAUCGGCCACAUCCUCAACGCCAACCAGUGGGACAUCUCUGGCUAUGGUGGCCAGUUCGGACUCGCUUUCAUCACGUUCCUGUACGUCGACAUCCUCGACACCACCGGCACCAUGUACUCGAUGGCGCGGUUCGCGGGCUUCAUCGACGAGCGCACGCAGGACUUUGAGGGCAGCGCGAUCGCGUACCUGGUGGAUGCGUUCGGAAUCUCGAUUGGGUCGCUAUUCGGCUCGCCGCCAGUGACGGCGUUCAUCGAGAGCGGCGCGGGCAUUUCCGAGGGCGGAACCACGGGCCUCACGGCCAUGACGACGGGCGUGUGCUUCUUCAUCUCGGUCUUCUUUGCGCCGAUUUUCGCGUCCAUCCCGCCGUGGGCGACGGGCUGCACGCUCGUCAUCGUCGGCUCGCUCAUGGCCAAGGCCGCAAAGGACAUCAACUGGAAGUACAUGGGCGACGCGGUGCCGGCCUUCCUGACCAUCGCCGUCAUGCCCUUCACCUACUCGAUCGCGUACGGCCUGAUUGCCGGCAUCCUCUCGUACACCCUGCUCAACAUGAUCGCGUGGGUCGUGGAGACGGCGUCGGGCGGCCGCAUCAAGCCCCUCGACAAGGAGUUCAAGGACCCCUGGACCUACAAGCUCGAGGGCGGCGUGCUGCCUCCCUGGCUCAAGCGCGCCUUACGCGGAAAGCGCGACUUCUGGCGCGCCGACGACGCCGAGCGCGGCGUCGUUGAGGGCCAUGGUGGUACGAAUGCGGGGACUGCGCGGGCAUCAUCGUCGACGGAGAACGCGGCCGAGAAGGUGGCCGCUCCGGCGCCGAAGGCGGAGGCAUAGUAGGCUCCGGGAUCCGCUGCUGGGUGUGGAGUUGAGGCGUGUUGUAGCGCUGCGCUGCGCUUGUACAUACAAUUGUACUGUAAUGUCCAUGAUGAUGAGCUCUGCGGUGGUGUGUGCGAUGGUCGUUGCGAGCCCUGUGCCUGUGAUAUGGCGCGCGUAGCUAGGCGCAUGGCUAGGUGAUGCGGUGC